CGACGUGCGACCCUAUCUCCCCACCAAUGUCCGGUUCCUACAGCUGCAGCAUCGACCAUCUCGGCAGGAUGUCCUGUACCCCCAGCUGCAUGGACGGCUUCGAGUUCGAGACUCCCCCGGCAGCCGAGUACGUCUGUGAGGAAGGGACGUGGUCACCUCCUGGACCUUAUCCUAACUGCGUGUUCGCGGGUCAGAAAUGUGAGAAGAUCCCGCCACCCUUCUGGGGUUCGUACCACUGCCAGACGGACCACACAGGCACGGAGCGUUGCUACCCUUCAUGUAUGGAAGGUUACGAGUUCGAGUCCCCGCCAGCAGCAGAGUACGUCUGUGUGAACGGCCAGUUCUCCCCUCCCGGACCGUACCCGAACUGCAGGAAGUCGGAAGCCCUAGAUCAGAACGUGUCGGCCCCGGCCUGCCCCAAACUGGUCCCCCCCGUGCACGGCUCGUCCUCGUGCCGAACCGACCAGCUCGGGAUCCAGACGUGCGUGCCGGCUUGUAACGCCGGCUACAGGUUCCCCACGCCUCCCGCCGCGGAGUACAUUUGUCUGAACGGCUACUGGGCGCCUCCCGGCCCCAUUCCCGACUGUGUACGCGAUACCGUCACCACUACAACCGUGAAGCCCGCAACCACAGCAGCGCCACCAGCUGUUAACUCGGGAUUGACGAACAUUGGAAACGAGUGCCUGGGAGACACCUUAUGUGGAGACAGAGUGACAUGCUCUGCGUGGGGAGACCCUCACUAUACAACUUUCGAUGGGAAGAGGUUCAAUUUCCAGGGCAACUGCAAGUACGUUCUCUCCAGAGGCAUGGACUUCCAGGUCUCUGCCCGGAAUGUGCACAGGAGAGGGAACACUCGCGUGUCGUUUGUGGACGCUGUGGAGUUCGAGCUGUACGGGAACAUGAUUACAAUCACCCAGGGCAAGGAGGUCUACGUGAAUGGAGUGAAGUGGAGCCUGCCCAUCUGCCUGAACAGCCUGGCGUCCAUAACCCAACAGGGAAACAACAUCGUGAUUGACACCGCUCUGUGCGUUACCGUGACGUAUGACGGCAACCAUCGCGUCACAGUGGAGCUACCUCCUGAGCUCGCCUGGACUGUUGGCGGUCUCUGUGGCAACGCUAACGGUAACCAAGGAGAUGACCUCAUCAAGCCCGACAUGACCCCGGUCACGGACCCUGUGGAGUUCGGCAACAGCUGGACGGCCCUUGAUGACGUCAGUUGCCCUGCACUGCAGGCUGACCAACAGUUUGACAUCACCCAGGCUGACCAGGCGUUUGUACAGGAGCUGGAGAGUCAGCAGUUCUGCGGACAUCUGCAGGACACCAACAGUCUCUUCAGCGCCUGUUUCGCAGCUGUAGAACCUACGGAGUACGUAGAAACAUGUGUGUACGAUAUGGCGGCGUCUGGAAGCACCAGCGAACACAGUCUCAUGUGUGAAAACUUUGAGGAAUACGUCCGCGUAUGUGCAGCGGCUGGUGUUCAUAUUGACGGAUGGAGAGAACAGACCGGCUGUGACCUUCAGUGUCCACCCAACGCCCACUACUCGUACUCCACCUCGGCCUGCCAGGACAGCUGCCGGACCCCGACUGCCUCCUCCACGUGCGGCCUGCCCAAUGUGGAGGGCUGUGAGUGUGACACAGGCUACAUCUGGAGCGGCAUGACGUGUGUCGAACCCAGGGACUGCGGAUGUCUGCAUGAAGGAAACUACCACACCCUCGGAGAAGUGUGGGGCACAGAGGACGGUCGGCAGUGCGAGUGUCUGCCGAACUGGCAGGUCAGCUGCGCUCCUAUGUCCUGUCUGCCUGGGGCCGAGUGGGGUCUGCAGGACGGAGUCUACGGCUGUCACCUAAUUGCCACAACGACUAUAAAGCCUACAACGACUACAACGCAAACUCCUAAGCCAACAACGACUACAACCCAAACUCCCAAGCCUACAACAACACCGACACCUACAACUACGCCCGCCGCGGCACCAACCGCCGCCUGUGAGAUGCAGGCUGACAUCGUGUUUGUUGUCGAUGGUUCCGCCAGCAUUCCAGCUAUCGAAUUCGAAAAGGUGAAGACAUUCCUUAACAACGUCGUCGGUCACUUCGACAUCAGCCCCACAGCUACCCAAGUGGGAGUUGUCCAGUACAGCUCGUCUCCGCAGCAGGAGUUCGCUCUUAACGCGCACAGCUCACUGCUCAGUCUGCAGCAGGCCAUCAGUAACAUCGCUGUCAUCAGCCGGGGGACCAGCACUGGUUCUGCCUUGACGUUUGCCCGUGACCAGGCCCUGACGGCGGCUAACGGUGCCCGGCCGGGAGUGCCCAAAAUCGUGGUGGUGGUGACGGACGGCAGGUCUGGGGACGAUGUGAUCCUCCCCUCUCAGAAUCUCCAUAACGACGGCGUGAUCACGUUCGCUAUCGGUGUGACAGAGAGUAUAAACUACCAGGAGCUGUCCGCCAUUGCCGGCAGACCGGAUCACAUCUCUACUGUCUUCGACUUCGACGCCUUGGAAGAUAUCAUGGAGCCCCUGUCCUCCCAACUUUGCGAAGUUGAGACCACGACAUUGAAACCUACAACGACUACAACCCAAACACCCAAGCCGACAACAACUACCACCCAAACACCAAAGCCAACCACUACUCCAACGCCGCCUUCUCUCCCCACUCCUGCGCAGCAAACAACCACCUUGAAACCUGUAACACCUCAAGAGGAUGCACCAAUGUCCAACGAUGUAGUGAACAUUGGAAACGAAUGUCUCGGAGACGUGUUCUGUGGAGACAGGGUCACGUGCUCUGCCAGGGGAGACCCUCACUACAUCACUUUCGACGGGAAGAGGUUCAAUUUCCAGGGCAACUGUAAGUACGUGCUGUCCAGAGGCAAGGAUUUCACGAUCGCUGCCAGAAACUACAACAGGAGAAACAACAUGCGGGUGUCGUUUGUGGAUGAAGUAGAGUUUACCUUAUAUGGGUCCACCAUCACCAUAACCCGGGACAAGGAAGUCUUCGUGAACGGAGUAAAGUGGGCUCUGCCCUGCUGUAUCGGAGGUUUCGCGUCUAUCACCCAACAGGGCAACUACAUCGUGAUUGACACUGUUCUGUGCAUUACAGUCAAAUUUGGUGCGAACCACCACGUUAUAGUCGAGCUGCCAGCGCAUCUUGCCGGUCUGGUUCACGGUAUGUGUGGCAACGCUAACGGUAUCCAAGGAGACGACCUGGUCAAACCUGACACGACCCCGGCCACGGACGCUGUGGAGUUCGGUAACAGCUGGGUGGCUCCAGACGACAUGAUGAGUUGUCCUACAGUUCUGGCCGACCAGCAGUUUGACAUCACCCAGGCUGACCAGGCGUUUGUACAGGAGCUGGAGAGUCAGCAGUUCUGCGGACAUCUGCAGGACACCAACAGUCUCUUCAGCGCCUGUUUCGCUGCGGUCGAACCUACGGACUUUAUUGAGGACUGUGUUUACGACAUGGCGGCGUCAGGAAACACCAGAGACACCACCCUUAUGUGUGAUGACUUUGAGGGUUACGUCCAAGAAUGUGCAGCAGCUGGUAUUCAUUUGGAAGGCUGGAGGGAACAAACCGGCUGUGCCCUACAGUGCCCACCCAACGCCCACUACUCGUACUCCACCUCGGCCUGCCAGGACAGCUGCCGGACCCCGACUGCCUCCUCCACGUGCGGCCUGCCCAAUGUGGAGGGCUGUGAGUGUGACCCAGGCUACAUCUGGAGCGGCAUGACGUGUGUCGAGCCCAAGGACUGCGGAUGUCUGCACGAAGGGAACUACCACGCGCUAGGGGAACAGUGGGGAACAGAAGACGGUCAGUUCUGUGAGUGUCAGCCGAACUUCCAAGCCAACUGCGCCCCGAUGUCCUGUCUGCCUGGGGCUGAGUGGAGUCUACAGGACGGCGUCUAUGGCUGUCACCAAGUUCCAACGUUGCAGCCAAUAACAACUACAACCCAAACACCAAAGCCGACAACAACUACCACCCAAACUCCCAAGCCAACCACUACUCCAACGCCGCCAACGCUUCCCACUCCUGCGCAGCAAACAACCACCUUGAAGCCUGUAACACCUCAAGAGGAUGCACCAAUGUCCAACGAUGUAGUGAACAUUGGAAACGAAUGUCUCGGAGACGUGUUCUGUGGAGACAGGGUCACGUGCUCUGCCAGGGGAGACCCUCACUACAACACUUUUGACGGGAAGAGGUUCAAUUUCCAGGGCAACUGUAAGUACGUGCUGUCCAGAGGCAAGGAUUUCACGAUCGCUGCCAGAAACUACAACAGGAGAAACAACAUGCGGGUGUCGUUUGUGGAUGAAGUAGAGUUUACCUUAUAUGGGUCCACCAUCACCAUAACCCGGGACAAGGAAGUCUUCGUGAACGGAGUAAAGUGGGCUCUGCCUUGCUGUAUCGGAGGUUUCGCGUCCAUCACUCAACAGGGCAACUACAUCGUGAUUGACACCAUUCUGUGCAUUACAGUCAAAUUUGGUGCGAACCACCACGUUAUAGUCGAGCUGCCGGCGCAUCUUGCCGGUCUGGUUCACGGUAUGUGCGGCAACGCUAACGGUAUCCAAGGAGACGACCUGGUCAAACCUGACACGACCCCGGCCACGGACGCUGUGGAGUUCGGUAACAGCUGGGUGGCACCAGACGACAUGAUGAGUUGUCCUACAGUUCUGGCCGACCAGCAGUUUGACAUCACCCAGGCUGACCAAGCGUUUGUACAGGAGCUGGAGAGUCAGCAGUUCUGCGGACAUCUGCAGGACACCAACAGUCCCUUCAGCGCCUGUUUCGCUGCGGUGGAACCUGUGGCCUUUAUUGAGGACUGUGUGUACGACAUGGCGGCGUCAGGAAACAACAGAGACACCACCCUUAUGUGUGAUGACUUUGAGGGUUACGUCCAAGAAUGUGCAGCAGCUGGUAUUCAUUUGGAAGGAUGGAGGGAACAAACCGGCUGUGCCCUACAGUGUCCACCCAACGCCCACUACUCUUACUCCACCUCGGCCUGCCAGGACAGCUGCCGGACCCCGACUGCCUCCUCCACGUGCGGCCUGCCCAAUGUGGAGGGCUGUGAGUGUGACCCAGGCUACAUCUGGAGCGGCAUGACGUGUGUCGAGCCAAAGGACUGUGGAUGUCUGCACGAAGGGAACUACCAUGCGCUUGGAGAACAGUGGGGAACAGAAGACGGUCAGCACUGUGAGUGUCAGCCGAACUUCCAAGCGAUCUGCGCCCCGAUGUCCUGUCUGCCUGGGGCUGAGUGGAGUCUACAGGACGGCGUCUAUGGAUGCCACCAGGUUCCAACGCUGAAGCCUACAACAACUACCACUCAGACGCCGAAGCCGACCACAACACCCACUCCCCCUCCUUCAACCGCCGCCUGUGAGAUGCAGGCUGACAUCGUGUUCGUUGUUGACGGUUCAGCCAGUAUUCCAGCUUACGAGUUUGAAAAGGUGAAGACGUUCCUUAACAACGUCGUCGGUCACUUCGACAUCGGCCCCACAGCUACCCAGGUGGGAGUUGUCCAGUACAGCUCGUCUCCGCAGCAGGAGUUCGCUCUGAACGCGCACAGCUCACUGGCCAGUCUGCAGCAGGCCAUCAGUAACAUCGCUGUCAUCAGCCGCGGGACCAGCACUGGAUCUGCCCUGACGUUUGCCCGUGACCAGGCCCUGACGGCGGCUAACGGCGCCCGGCCGGGAGUGCCCAAAAUCGUGGUGGUGGUGACGGACGGCAGGUCUGGGGACGAUGUCAUCCUCCCCUCCCAGAAUCUCCAUAACGACGGCGUGAUCACGUUCGCUAUCGGUGUGACAGAGAGUAUAAACUACCAGGAACUCUCCGCCAUUGCCGGCAGACCGGAUCAUGUCUCCACUGUCUUCGACUUUGACGCCCUAGAAGAUAUUAUGGAGCCCAUAUCUUCCCAGCUGUGCGAAGGUAGUAUUAGUUGGUAUUUCUUCCCAUGCCUUGAUAAAUAA